AUGACGGACGUCGUGCAAGAAAAGGGCCACGGCUUGAGGUUUGCCGAGCAGCAACUGAAGCGUCAUGGCUGGAAGCAUGGCAAAGGACUGGGUCGGGACGAAAACGGCAUAUCCGAAGCCAUCAAGGUCAAAGUCAAAUGCAACAAAGGCGGGGUGGGCCACAAAGAAGGAGAGCAGUUCACAUUCCAGUGGUGGGAUCACGUCUUCAAUAAAGCCUCGUCCAGCCUGCAAGUGGAAACUCAUCAGGACGGCAUUUCGCUGAAGAAGACGCCCGAAGACGGGGAAGACGACGACGACCGCAGUGGGAUUUCUAACAAGAAACCACGGAAAGCUGCCCUAGCCAAAGCGAAACUUUACGGAUGCUUCGUCAAGUCGGCCACUUUGCUGUCCGGUCACGAGCGCCCGGAACCAACAAGCGACAGCAGCUCAGACCAGGAAGAUGAUCAGAAACUGGAUUUGUCCUCCGUAACUAAGAUUUCUGACUCUGACCUGAUGAAGGCUUGCGGUGGACGCACUGCCCACAAGGGAGCCAGACACGGCUUGAAUAUGAGCGCCAAGCUGGCCCGGCUGGAGCAGCAGGAGGCUGAAUUCAUGGCCAAAUACGCCAACAAGACUGAAGACGAGCGUAAAAGCAAGACGAAGAAGACUGAAAACGUCCCCGACAUUUCUCAACCCGCCGACCUCUACGUAAAGAAAAAGAAAAGGAGCCGUGACGGGGAAGCUGAACACAAACGCAAAAAGGAGAAGAAAAAUGGUGGCGAAACGGUAGAAGAGCAGAACGACUACGUGGAAUCGGAGGUGAUUGUUUCUGAAAAAGUCAAGAGGAAUCGGAGGUGA